UAUAAACAGCCUAUUCUGGAUAGCACGUGAAGGCAGUCACAACGUCCAAACGGAGUGGCGAUAGAUUUUAGUUCUCGAUUGGUUUUGACUGCAGAGGCAAUGGCCGAUUCGGAGGAUGUUACUGUUCCUGAGUUCAACAACCUUCUUCAAAUGGAUCCGUAUCUGAAGCCGUACGAGAAUGACUUCAAGAGGAGGUAUGAGCUGUUUGAGCAGCGGCUUGUUCUAUUAGAGGAGGCAGAGGGGGGCUUUGAUCAGUUCACACGCAGCUACUGGACGUUUGGAGUGCAGCGGCAGCCUGACAACAGUCUUUUUUUUAAAGAAUGGGCCCCAGCAGCAGAGGCCCUCUUCCUCACUGGAGACUUCAAUGGGUGGAACAACUUUUCUCACCCUUAUAUCAAGAAAGAUUUUGGCAAAUGGGAAUUAAUUCUGCCAUCCAAAAAGGACAAAUCUCCAGCUGUGGACCACAACUCGAAAUUAAAGGUGGUGAUCCAUACCAAAGCUGGCGAGCGUUUGUACAGGAUCUCACCUUGGGCAAAGUAUGUGACCCAGUGUGAGAAGUCGGUCGUCUAUGACUGGGUGCACUGGGACCCGUUACAACCUUACCAACAUAUCCAUCUUCGCCCUAAGAAGCCCAGAAGCUUGCGGAUAUAUGAAUCCCAUGUUGGAAUCGCCUCACCUGAGAGCAGUAUUGCAACUUAUACCAACUUCACAAACAAUGUGCUUCCUCGAAUAAAAGAGCUGGGUUACAACUGUAUACAGCUAAUGGCUAUCAUGGAGCAUGCCUACUAUGCCAGCUUUGGAUAUCAAGUAACAAGUUUCUUUGCUGCAUCCAGUCGCUAUGGCACACCAGAUGAGUUAAAGCAGCUGAUUGAUGUGGCCCACUCCCUGGGCAUUGUCGUGCUGCUUGAUGUGGUCCACAGCCAUGCUUCCAAGAACACAGAAGACGGUUUGAACCGCUUUGAUGGAUCAGACUCAUGCUAUUUCCACGCACCACCCCGAGGAGACCACAGCCUAUGGGACAGCCGCCUCUUCAAUUAUGCCAGUUGGGAAGUACUGCGAUUUUUGUUGUCUAAUCUGCGCUGGUGGAUGGAGGAGUAUCGUUUCGAUGGUUUUAGGUUUGAUGGGGUCUCGUCCAUGCUUUACCAUCACCAUGGCAUAGGCACUGGGUUUUCUGGGGAUUACUCUGAGUACUUCGGCCUUCAAGUGGAUGAAGACUCCCUUGUCUAUCUAAUGCUUGCCAACCACAUUUUGCAUACUCUCUACCCUGACUGCAUCACAAUUGCAGAGGAUGUGUCAGGGAUGCCAGCUCUGUGCCGGACUGUGGCAGAGGGCGGUUUGGGGUUUGACUAUCGCCUGGCCAUGGCCAUCCCAGACAAGUGGAUCCAGAUCCUGAAGGAACACAUGGAUGAAGACUGGAACAUGGGAAAUGUCGUCUACACACUGACCAACAGGCGUUACGGAGAGAAGUGUAUUGCUUAUGCCGAGAGCCAUGACCAGGCUUUGGUUGGGGACAAGACGCUGGCUUUCUGGCUGAUGGAUAAGGAGAUGUACACCAACAUGAGCUCACUAAGUCCCAUGACUCCUGUCAUUGACCGCGGACUGCAGCUCCAUAAGAUGAUCCGACUCCUCACACAUGGUCUGGGAGGAGAGGGUUACCUCAACUUCAUGGGGAAUGAGUUUGGUCAUCCAGAGUGGCUGGAUUUUCCUAGGGAGGGAAACAGUGAGAGCUACCACUACGCUCGCAGGCAGUAUAACCUAGUGGACAUGGGCCACCUCCGUUACUGCCAGCUCUACGCCUUUGACCGGGACAUGAACCACACUGAGGACAAAUAUGGCUGGCUUUCCGCUCCUCAGGCAUUUGUGAGCGCCCAACAUGAGGGGGACAAAGUGAUAGUGUUUGAGAGAGCCAAUGUCCUGUUCAUCUUCAACUUCCACCCCACCAAGAGCUACCAGCACUACAAGGUGGCAGUGGGUUCUCCUGGAAAAUACACCAUUAAGCUGGACUCUGACGAGAUUCAGUAUGGAGGUCAUGGAAGACUGGAGCAUAACAUUGAGUUCUUCACUGAGGCCCAGCCCUUUAACGGUCGACCCAACUCUAUGAUGGUCUACAUCCCCUGCAGAACAGCCAUUGUUCUGGCCAAUGAAGAGAUUGAUUACUGUUAUUAACCAUGUGAAUGGACACUAAAAUGUAUCAUGGUUGCCAAACCAACGUCAGCAUUACCAAUAACCUUCUACCAUGUGAAUAAGUGUCACACAUCACCAAAGCAACUUUAUUUAGUAAUUGUUUUUCCACACAUUCUCACAGUAACAGCACAAAGUUGAAAUAAAGUUUACUUUACAGUAGCCAUAAUCAGUUGGCUUGUGUAUUUUUUUUUAUCAUAUGGCAAAAAGAAUGGCGAAUAACAUUUUUUAAUCUAAAUACCCACACUUUGAAAUUAAGAUUUGUAUUACAGUGCCAGUACUUCUAUGGCACCUAUGUAUUUUGUUGCUAGUCAUGUGCAUUUCAAUGAACUUGAUUACUAUCUUAACAAAAACAUGUAUAUAUUAAUAUUAUCAAUUUAUUUUGCACAAUGGAACUAGCAGACUUGAAUUAAGAUUAUAAUGCUUUAAUUUUCAACAGUUAUAGGUAGGUAAUCAUACACUGAAUUUUGGCAACUGCUGGUGUUAAUUUUCAUGCACUAAAACUGUAUCUCGGAAUGAACAUCAAAUGUGACAUUUUACAAAAGCAUUUAUUGUCGAAUGAAUAAAAUUGAGAAAGUCAAACUGAGACUUUAAUACGUAA